ACUUGGCCAUUUUGACACUCUGAAUGCAAACGCUAACGAUAUGAAGGCAAAUGAGGCUGUUCAAAGACAGGCCGAGAAGCGCAAGAAAGAAGCCGAGGCAGGCCUUUUCAAUCUGUCUUGCCGCCACCACCCGAACUCUUGCUGACCCAUCACGAAUUGUGACUUCGUAUGACACUUCCGAUGCCGGUAUGGGCAGGUGUCUGAAACAUUCUGAAACCGUACUGCAGAUCCCACUUUCCAUCAGCCACCUGAUUGUAUCAUCCCACACUUCACCCUGGAUGGGAAACGCUCUUGGCUCUCGGUUCGUCGAUCAUUCAUUUGAUGAUCAAGAAUGAAUAUAAUGCAUGGCCAUCUCUUGGGAACAGCUCACAGCCACUUGGGGUGCGUCACCGGCACCCGAACCAGGUCCGUGUCAAACAGCUCGAUGAACUGCUCGUUCAGGACCCGCACUUUUGGCCCAGCAUACCGCCGGUACUCUUCGAAUAUGGACGUCAGAUUCCAGCGCUGCAGCUUCCGCAAGCACCCGACGACCGUGCCUGGGGGGAUGGCAUUUGCACCAUCGGGAAGAUUGCAGAC